UUAUUCUGUCCAUCUUGAUUCUGAUGAGGCAGCCUUGGAGCGCACGGUCUGAGGGUAAUCGCAGGUGGUUAGGGUUACAAUCUGCCGAAAGAGGCGACAGAAGCAGGUGUCGAUUUGUAUCUACCCAAUCUUUAAUCUGGCUCAGGUUUAUGAUAGAAUUAUCUCUCCUGGAUCGAGUUUUUUUUCACCCCCCCCUGUUGAUGAUCCACAAUGCGGUCCUCGGCUUGGUUCGUCGCCAAUUGCGCUCUCAUCCUCUGCACGCUGAUUGACGGGGCCAAAGGACAGCGGCAGUGUAGUGAGACGGACUACUACUAUGAGUACACAGAGUGUGACAGCACAGGAUCUCGGUGGAGAGUGGCCAUCCCGCAGAGCCCUGGGGCCUGCACUGGACUACCGGAGCCAAUACGCGGCACAGAGUGCACCUUCUCAUGCAAGGCUGGGGAGUUCCUGGAGAUGUCGGCUCAGGAGUGUACCCAGUGUGCAGCGGGAAGCUACUCCCUCGGCAGUGGUAUCCGCUUCGACCAAUGGGAUUCCAUACCUGCUGGAUUUAGUAGCCUGGCAACAUCCUUGGAAAACAGUCCCCGCGGAGACGACAGGCUCAUCUGCAACAGUUCUUCCUGGGUGCCUCAAGGAAACUACCUGGAGUCCAACAGGGAUGAAUGUACGGUCUCUCUCAUCUAUGCUGUGCAUCUGAAGAAACAGGGCUCUGUCAGCUUUGAGUACCAGUAUCCAGACAACAACCUGCUGUUUGAGUUCUUUAUCCAGAAUGACCAGUGUCAGGAGAUGGAUCAGUCUGCUGAUACAAAGUGGCUCAAGCUCACCAAUCAUGGUGAUUGGGCAACCCACACGGUGAACCUGAAAUCUGGCACCAACAUCCUGUACUGGAGGACCGGUGGGGUCUUGAUGGGGACCAAAGUGGUGAAGCCUGUUUUACUGAAAAAUGUUCAAAUAGAAGGAGUCGCUUACACAUCAGAGUGUUUCCCAUGUAAGCCGGGGACGUUCAGCCGUGUCCCAGGCUCCUCCACGUGUGAUCCCUGUCCUCGGGAUACCUACUCUGGCCACGGUGCCAGCUCCUGCACCUCCUGUAACACUACCACUCAGUAUGCAGCUGAGGGAUCUGCUGUGUGUAAGGACAGACCUCCAUGUUCCAGGAAGGACUAUUUCCAGAUCCACACGGCAUGUGACCACGAAGGCAAGACGCAGGUCAUAUAUAAGUGGAUGGAACCUAAGAUCUGUCUGGAGGGUGUGACUGGAGCUGAGUCGUUGCCUCCAAGUGGAGAACGAGAGCCCUGCCCCCCCUGUAACCCCGGUUUCUAUAACAAUGACACGGCCACCUGCUCACCAUGCCCACCUGGGACGUAUUCUGAUGGGAUGAAAUCGUGUAGUCGGUGUCCGGCAGGCACUGAGCCCACCUUGGGUUACGAGUAUAAAUGGUGGAAUAUUCUUCCUGCAAACAUGAAGACCUCCUGUUUCAAUGUGGGCAACUCUAAAUGCGACAAUAUGAAUGGCUGGGAGGUGGCAGGUGAUCAUAUCCAGAGUGGAGCAGGAAGCUCGGAUAAUGAUUAUCUCAUCCUCAACAUCCAUGUUCCUGGCUUCAAGCUCCCUACGUCUAUGUCAGGCCAUUCUGGGACCGAGUUUGGUCGCAUCACAUUUGUAUUUGAAACUUUGUGCACAGCUGACUGCGAGCUCUACUUCAUGAUGGAUGUAAACAGGAAGAGCACUACUGUGGUGGAGUCAUGGGAGAGAACGAAAACGAGACAGUCCUACACACACAUCAUGACAAAGAAUGCCUCGGUUUCCUACACAUGGGCUUUCCAGAGGACUAACCAACCUUCAGAUGUACGUAGGAAUGUCAACGACGUGGCGCGAAUCUACUCCAUCUCAGUGACCAACGCUGUUGAUGGGGUGUCCUCUGGGUGCCGGGCCUGUGCCCUCAGCACCCAACCCUCCAGCUCUGCGUGUGUGCCGUGCCCACCUGGACAUUACAUAGACAAGCACACCAGCCAGUGCACAGAGUGUCCACGUAACACAUACCUCGUCUCUCACUCCACACCGGGCCCAGACGCCUGCAAACCCUGUGGACCAGCCAGCAAGAGCAACAAGGACCACAGUUUGUGUUACAGUGACUGUCACUUCACCCACACAGAGGGCAAUGUCACUCUGACUUAUGACUUCAGCCUCCUUGGGUCUGUGGGAUCACUGAUGAACGAUCCGAGCUUCACCUCCAAAGGAACCAAGUACUUCCACCAGUUUAAUAUCAGCCUGUGCGGAGGACAGGGUCCGUUGGCAGUAUGCACAGACAAUGUAACAGACCUAUCCAUCACCGACUCCCAGAGAGAGAGAGGCGAAGCAGCCAACACUGUCAAGACCUUCAUCUGUCAGUCAACAAUAAUCCCCGCCAACGGACGAGGCUUCCACACAGCGCUCUCCUCUCAGUCCAUUAACCUUGCGGACACAUUCCUUGGAGCGACGGUAGAUAAUACACUUGAUGGAAUAAGGGCGAGACCGGAGCUGUACCCUCGGACCUCCAAGAAAGUCCCUGAUGUCAACUUCUACUACAGGUCCUUGGAGGUGACUUCAUCUUGUGAGUCAGGUCGGAACGCAGUGGUGACACUUCGCUGUAACCCAGAGAAGAGCACUAAAGGAGAGCGCUCAGUUCCCAGUCAGUGCCCUGCAGGAACAUGCGAUGGCUGCACCUUUCAUUUCUUGUGGGAGAGCUCAGGAGCUUGUCCCACAUGCACAGAGAGAGACUACCAUCAGAUAGAGGGAGCUUGCAAGGGAGGACACCAGGACCUGCUGUAUUUGUGGACUGAGCCGAAGCUGUGUAUGGGAGGCAUGACCUUGCCUGAAAAGAAAACGUUGCCAUGUGAGGGUAUGGAAUUCUGGGUACGGCUCGGUGGAGGGCUGGGAGCUUUCACUGCAGUGCUGCUUGUCUCCUUAACCUGCUAUUUCUGGAAGAAGAACAAAAGGUUGGAGUUCAAGUACUCCCGGCUGGUGAUGUCUGCUAAUAAGGAGUGUGAGAUGCCAGGAGCUGACAGCUGCGCUGUGAUGGAGGGAGACAACGAGGGAGACAUGGAGGAUGAAAUUGUGUACACAAAACCUUCUCUACUUGGUAAACUCAAAGCCAUAGCAUCCAAGGGAAACGGAGAGAAGUAUGAACAUGUGCAGUUAAACUCAUCUCAUUCGAAAGCGUUGGUAUGGAGCUAGAGGCGGUGUUAAAGUGAGUGGGAGUGAGGGGAGAGAUCGGACCCUCAAGAGACUUUCCACUGCACAACCCCUUUAACCAACCACCCCGAUUAUGAGCUGUGGUACCUGGAAUACCAACUGUGUGUACAUACACGCAUAUAUACACACACACACACACACACACACACACACACACACACACACACACACACAUCAUGCACCUAGAGCCAGGUUCAGAGAAGUCACACGAACAUGGUGGCCUUAAAGCUUGGUACGACAGAGCCUAGUACUGUGAAGCAGGUGUGUGUGUUAGACACGUCCUGGUAAUUCUGAUUCAAACUGAUGUCAGAAAGGCUGUUCGUAGAGCUCAGGGUAAGACAAGGACCUAUUUGAUUUAUUUUUUGUUUAUAUUAAUUUCAGUCUGUGUAGUGUCUAAUAUUUCUUUAGACAGCUGUGGUGUAAUUUGCCAUCAGGAUCACCAUAGUAAGUGUGUGUCCAUCUCCCAUAGACGUCUACACAGACUGGUAUAUUCUGGCCAUAUAAAGCUUCUCAUCUGUUUGUUCUGUUGCUUAGUUAAAAUUAUUGUAAUGAGGGGAAGUGUUCUGCUGACCAAUUGCAAAUGAAGAUGUCAUAUUAUGCGGAUGAGGUUGUGGUGUUGACUGUCCAUGUAUGUCAAAUAAAUUAUGAUGUAUUUAUGUAUAA